AUGGGGACUGAGGAGAGAGCAGUGCAGGUGGUCAAUAUGGGGUUGGGAACACGGCUCUUAAUUGGAAAGACAAUGAAGUCCAGAUUAAAGAGGUUUUCAGGGAGCGAUAGGGAUACAGAUGGGAAGGAGAGCCCACCCAAAGUAGGUGAUUCUGAGGCUCAUCCCUGGCCUCAUGCCAACGUUGUGUUGAGUUGUGCCGAGUUCCUCCAGGAACACAACAGAAGACAUCCCGAGUUCCAUAAAGACACAUCAACAACGCAGACUGCUUGUAGCGCAAAUGAUGCUUUGCAGCAGAGAGAGUGUCAGGAAUCUAUCGUAUUUCAUGUUGAAGAAAACCGAGUCUCGCAAACAGGAUCUCUACAGGGUCACAAGCAAUCGAUCUCAGGAGAUAGACUGUAUAAAUGUUCCCGAUGUGGUGAGAAUUUCAUACAUUCAGGGCACCUCAAGAUACACCAGCAAUCACUCCGAGAAAAGCGUCCGUAUAAAUGUGUGGAAUGUGGGAAGAGCUUCACAGGAUCGGGCAGUCUGCAGAUACACCAUCGAUCUCACACAGGAGAGAGGCCAUAUAAAUGUGCAGAAUGUGGAAAGAGUUUUGCAACGUUAGCUUAUCUCCAGAUACACUAUCGGUAUCACACAGGAGAGAGGCCAUAUGAAUGUGUUCAGUGUGGAAAGAGUUUUACAACAUCGGAACUCCAGAGACACCAGCAAUCACACACAGGAGAGAAACCGUAUAAAUGUGCUGAAUGGAAUCGUUUCACAACGACGUUUUAUCUCCAGGUUCACCAUCGAUCACACACAGGAGAGAAACCAUAUAAAUGUGCUGAAUGUGGAAAGAGUUUCACAACGUCGUGUUAUCUCCAGGUUCACCAUCGAUCACACACUGGAGAGAGACCAUAUAAAUGUGCUGAGUGUGGAAAGAGUUUUUUAACCUCGAGUAAUCUCCAGGUUCACCAUCGAUCACACACAGGAGAGAAACCAUAUAAAUGUGCAGAAUGUGGAAAGAGUUUCAGAGCAUCAGGAUCGCUCAAAAUACACCAUCGAUCACACACUGGAGAGAGACCGUAUAAAUGUGCUGAGUGUGGAAAGAGUUUCAUUGCUUCCGGAUCUCUCAAAAUACACCAUCGAUCACACACUGGAGAGAGACCAUAUAAAUGUGCUGAGUGUGGAAAGACGUUUCACAACGUCGAAAUCUCCAGACACCAGCGAUCACACACAGGAGAGAAACCGUAUAAAUGUGCAGAAUGUGGAAAGCAUUUCACAUCGAAUCUCCAGACACACCAGCGAUCACACACAGGAGAGAAACCGUAUAAAUGUGCAGGAUGUGGAAAGUGUUUCACAAGGGCAGACAGUCUCCAGAGACACCAGCGAUCACACACCCGGGAGAGGCUACACAAAUAUGUUGAAUGUGGAAAGAGUUUCACAAAGUCAGGAGACCUCCAGGGACACCGACAAUCACACACGGGAGAGAAACCGUAA